UUCCGCUUUUGUUUCAAACUCUGCCAAACUCUCAGUGUCGGACAUUCACUCCGGAACCUUCUGGAAUCUUCUGUCGGUCGGUUCGGGUCCAAACCCACGGUCCUGGUCCGGGUUUCUUUCGGACCGGAUGUUCGUGGACCGGCUCGGACGGUCCGUGUCCGCUCCGUCUCCUCCUGGUCCCCUCCGGUCCCCCCCCCCCCCCGGUUCUGUUUGUUUGGAUGAAAUGAGUCCGGUGAGCGGGUAGGAUCCAAGCCGAACCGGUCCGGUCCGGGUCUGGACGGGAAGAUGAACCGGAUCCUGUUUGUUUUUCUGGUUUUUCUUCGGUUUCAAGACGCGGAAUGUGGAAGCGGCGUCCACUUCACCAAACACCCGUCCAACCUGACCGUCUCCCAGGGCAACGGCGUCCGUCUGGGCUGCGCCGUCCAGGGGGUCAGCGAACCAGAGAUCAUCUGGAUGAAGGACGGAGAGAGGCUGUACAGCAUGGACCAGAUGUUCCUCACCCUGGGAGAAGAGCACUGGGAGACCUUCCACAGUGUGAGGUCGGUCCAGCAGCAGGAUGCGGGUCAGUACUGGUGUGAGGUGGACUUUCAUGGCCGGACCUUUUCCUCAAAUCGGGCCUGGAUCACGGUAGAAGGUGUCCCCCACUUCGUCCACGAGCCUCAGGACGUGGCCUCGUUCCCUGGCGUCCCCUUCAACCUGACCUGCGCCGCCGUUGGACCUCCAGAACCCGUAGACAUCCUGUGGUGGGUGGGAGGAGUCCAGGAGGGACAACCCGGGCCGUCCCCCUCCGUCCUCCACAUCCCAGGUGUGAACAGCAGCGUCAAGUUUUACUGUGAAGCUAAAAACACCAGAGGGAUCAGUGUGUCCAGAACCGGAACGGUCCACAUCAAAAUUUUACCUUCAGCUCCGGUCAGUCUCCAUGUCCUCAGGAUGGUUGACAACAACGUCACGUUGUCAUGGAAACCGGGGUUCACAGGUCACUCAGAGCUGUCUAGGUGCAUCAUACAGCUGUCCAGGCGAUCCGUCCGCAGGUGGGACCUUCCUCAACAGGACGUCCACGUCCCUCCUCAUGUCCACAUGUUGUCUGGUCUAAGGUGUUACUCCAACUACAGCGUCAGGGUGUCGUGUGUUAACGAGGUGGGAGCAUCGCCCUUCUCCCCGUGGAUGCAUUUCACCACACCGGAGUCAGUGCCCUCCGCCCCCCCCAGGAACCUGACCUUUGACCUGUCGGAGACACAGUUGUCUCUGAACUGGGCGGAGCUUCGGGAGGAGGAGCUCCAGGGUAAACUGUUGGCGUACAAGGUGCAGUGGACUCUGGGAGGAGAGCAGCAGGAGCCGCUGCUGUUUAAGGAGAACGCGGCUCAGCUGUCAGGAGGAGGGCGCUUCUUCAACGCCUCCUUCCAGGUGUCGGCCUGCACCGCCGUGGGAUGUGGACCCUGGAGUCCACCAGUCCUGGUCCUGCCCGCCUCAGUCCAGGUGCAGGUCCAGCGGAGCCACAUGUGGGUCGGGGUUCUUCUGGGUCUGCUGGUGGCCACCGUGGUGGGUCUGUUACUGACGGUCCUGGUCCAGCGCCGAGGAAAGGAGACGCAGUUUGGUUCGGCCUUUAAACCUGCAGGUCCAGAGAACUCUGUGUCCUUCACAGCUGCUCGAUCGUUCAACAGAAACACCUCUGAUCUGCACGAGUCCACAUUGGACAGUCUAGGCAUUGACCACGAUCUGAAGAACAAACUGGAGGACGUCCUCAUCCCAGAGAGACUGCUGACACUGGGACACGUGUUGGGAAAAGGUGAGUUCGGUUCGGUGCGUGAGGCCUUCCUGAAGGCUGAGGACUCAUCUGUGCAGAAAGUUGCCGUCAAAGUCCUUAAAUCCGACAUCACAUCUUCAGGUGACAUCGAACAGUGUCUGAAAGAAGCCGCCUACAUGAAGGACUUCCACCACCCCAACGUCAUCCAGCUCAUCGGAGUGAGCCUCCAGCGCCGGCCCACCCAGCGCCUGCCCGUGCCCAUGGUGGUCCUGCCCUUCAUGAAGCAUGGAGACCUGCACACCUUCCUGCUGCUGUCCAGACUGGGCGAGCAGCCCUUUGAGCUGUCUCUGCAGACCCUGGUCCAGUUCAUGUUGGACGUCUCUCGGGGGAUGGAGUAUCUGAGCAGCAGGAACAUCAUUCACAGAGACCUGGCAGCGCGCAACUGCAUGCUGGAUGAGAACAUGGUGGUGUGCGUGGCGGACUUCGGUCUUUCCAAGAAGAUCUACAGUGGAGACUAUUACCGACAGGGUUCAGUAUCCAAACUGCCGGUCAAGUGGAUCGCACUGGAGAGUCUGGCAGACAACGUGUACACGAGCCAGAGCGACGUGUGGGCCUUCGGUGUGACCAUGUGGGAGAUCAUGACUCGAGGUCAGACUCCGUAUCCUGGUGUUGAGAACUCAGAGAUCUACGAGUAUCUGAUCAAAGGAGAACGACUGAAGAAACCAGCAGAGUGUAGAGAAGACAUAUACGAGCUCAUGCACAGCUGCUGGAGUCCAGUACCUAAAUGUCGUCCCAGUUUCCAACACCUGGUCGACCAGCUGGAGGCGCUGUGGCUCAGCCUUAGCCCCGCCCCCCCGCACAAGGAGCCCUUGCUGUACGUGAACCUGGAAGGGGAGGAGCCUGCGGCAGCGGCAGAGGAGGAGGUGGCAGCGGGCGCGGGGUCAGGGUUGAGCUGGAACGUCCCGUGGCAGAGUCAUGACGAGGAGAAAGACUGGCUGAUGGUGGGUUCAGGGGCAGCGCUCGCCAUCGGAGGAGAUUAUAGGUACAUCAUUGGACCCUGUGGGGAGGAGGAGGAGGGGGAGGGGGGAGGGGGGGGCGAAGCCAGGAGCCGGGACUGCGAUGACGAGGAUGACACCGUUAUUAACGUCUGAACACAGGGGACCAGUCAGAGACGGACGCCGAAGGCACCAGCUGAACAUGCCUACAGUCAGUGAACGCACUGUCCAUCACAUUGUAAACACAAAACAUGUGUCAGAACCAGAACCGGAUGCACACGGCGACCAGUCACAUCAGACCAGUUCAAGUCCAGAGGGUCGGGGUUCAAGCAGACGCCGAUCGGGUCCGACGGUCGAUGACGUCACGGCUGAAGCUCACAGACGGACGCGGUUCUUCUGUUCUUCUUCUGUGGUGUUUAGGCCUGGUUUCUGAAACGAACCUUCAGAACCAAACUUCGUUGGCUCCGACAACCAGAAGACAAACACAAGUCCAACAUCCCGGACUAGGUCUACCACUUCCUAGGACGACGGAGGACAUGGCGUCAACAGAACCUGAACCUGAACGGUUCAGGGUCUGCGGGUUUAACGGGAUUGUUCACCAGCUUGAACCUGAGCGUCUGCGUUUGGACCCAGUUCCACUGCCUCUGGGAUUCCUUUUGGUUCUGGGUUCUGAUGACAAUGUGUUCAAAGGCUGACGAUGCGUUCAAAUGCUGAUGAUACGUUCAAAGGUGAAGUGAAUAUUUGUGUUUUUAACAGGAUGUAAAUGUUGUGCCAAUGCGGCGGUAGAACCUGGGUUUGGAUCCACUAACGUCCACUCAUCUGUUCACCUCCGUGUUCUGAUCCAACUUUAAGUAGAAACGACCAGUUUUGAAUCUAGUGAUGAAAUGUUUUCCACGUUUGUCUUGUUCCAUUAAAGUUGUUAAAGUGUUUUUUCUAACUGAAACUGUGAUAAAAGUGUAAUUUAAUGAACCAAACUAAUGACUGUAACUGUCUGACACUGAAACUGUGAUUACUGAAUAAAACCUUGACAUGGAAUUCA